CUGAUUAAACGCCCUCCGUUAAUGUUUUUACACUUGCGUAAAGCGCGUACAUAAGUGUUGCUUUCACUCCACUGCUACACAGACCAUCAUCACGAUCAUCAAGCUUGUUUCCAUCCGCCAUCUUCAAGGCGAUUAUAGGCUUCAGCAAUCUUGUAGGAGAGAUAUUGCUGUGAUCAAAAAUAGUCUGGCCGGUCUCGCUCUAAGAACAAUCAACCAAGAGCUCUUCCAUCUACGAGACAUACCAAGAUGUUCAUGCUAAAGAGCUUGUUUGGAAAGAUUUGGUCUGAUCAGAACAAUGCCGAAUUGAUUCAACUUCCCGCCGGCGCUUUAUACCUGGUCCGUCCAGGCACUAUCAAGGGAUCUCGGGAAUGCAUAUACAAAGAUGCUGUUGCAACAAUCCGCAGAACAACUACAGACAAAAAUUAUCAAUUGGUCAUCACUCGGGCAUAUGAAGAGGGUGAAGAACAGUUGCUCGAAGAAGACGACGAGACCGAUGACGAACGUUCUUUCCUUAUUGAUGUCUCACUCAACUUCCGCCCAUCUACAUCCAGCGAGGGUCAACCAUCGUUCAAAUGGAGCGAUUUGGAUGGUGACGUGGAUGACCUGUUUGAAUUCGUGAUGGACAGUGCUCAAGUCAAUGCUGUGACGAGAAGUAUUUUUGAGGUCACAUUCUUGCAAUGUUGCUUUGAAAGAAAGACUGGUCGUAGUCACGAAGAGGCCGGUGAUGCAGAUCUUGAGGCGUUGAAAUACAAGGGCAACGAUGCAUCUGCUACAAACACAACAUCGCAGGAUGCCGAAAAAGGUAGCAAAGCCAAAGGAAGAGCAAGUGAAGCGACAACACCGAAGAAGCCAAAGGUUCCCGCUCCUGCAAGUGAAGCCGUACCUGCACCGCCCGGUCAAGAAGAGCCUGAUGUGGUGCUAGAGGCAAAAGCUGACCUAUACCUCUACGAUCAAGCUUCUGGAUUAUUCAUGACCCAAGAAAAGGGUGUUGACGUCAAGGUUCUUGAAGCCGGCCGAUUCUUAUACUGGCUUGCAAUCACCUCAUCCAAACGCCAAUGGCUCUCUCAACAGCUCGAAUCUUCAAUGAAUAUGCACUUCUCCGUAGAGAAUGCAUCUGCCGUCUGGAACUUCUACGAUACCGAACGCCACGUCUACUCAUGGCUAAUCCGAUUCGGCGAUAAAGCCAGCUUUGAUGCUUUCCGAGCUGGAUUCGCACGUUUGAUGUGGGAAGCUUUGAACGAAGAGAAAUUCGAAAAGGUCAAAGAGGUCGAGAAGCAUUAUAUCGAAGAAGCAUAUGAAGAUGAUGAUGUUGAAAUGGGUAAUGCGGAAGAGGAGGACAGAGAAGCUUACGCGCGGGACGAUGAAGAAGCCGCAGAAGUCGCGGCAGAGCUAGGUGAUAUGAGCGGAAGAGGAGAGGAUGAAGAAGAUCAGGAGAAUGAUGUGGGCAAUAAGGGAGACAACUUGGCCGUUAUGCCGAUCGAAGCAGGUGAUCGAGACACGAACUCUCAACUUACAGUUGGUUACAAGUUUGACAGAUCUUUCGUUGUUCGUGGAAACAAGAUUGGUGUAUUCAAGCACACUGAUGACGAUCAAUUGGAGUUCGCUACGGCCAUCAAUAACGUGGCCGCACCUAAUGGCAAAGUGUUCAAUCCACGAAAAGUCAUGCUGCACGACCAGGAUUCUUCCAUGGUGAUGAUGGAUCCUAGCAAUACUCAUGCUCUUUACAGAAUGGACUUGGAAUACGGCAAAGUCGUUGAUGAAUGGAAAGUACAUGACGACAUUGCUGUGGACAAUGUUGUUCCCGAUAGCAAAUAUGCACAAACGACCGCUCAAAAGACCCUAAUCGGACACGGUCACAACAGCAUCUACCGUAUCGAUCCACGUUUAGCCGGUCAGAAAUUGGUCGAUUCGCAAUUCAAGUUGUAUACAACGAAGAAUGAUUUCAGCUCUGCCGCUACUGACAGCUCCGGUCGCUUGGCUGUUGCAAGUAACAAAGGUGACAUUCGUCUAUUUGACCAAAUCGGCAAGAAUGCCAAGACAGCCCUUCCCGCUUUGGGUGAUCCGAUCAUUGGUGUUGAUGUCACUGCUGAUGGUCGAUAUGUUAUCGCUACUUGCAAAACUUACCUCUUAUUGAUCGACACUCUCAUCGGUGACGGUCGCUACAAGGGAUCUUUAGGUUUCGAUCGGGCCUUCCCUUCAGACUCUAAGCCGAUCCCACGUCGUCUUCAACUCAAGCCGCAUCAUGUUGCAUACAUGGAUGAGGAAGUCAGCUUUACACCUGCCAGAUUUGACACCCCUCCAGAUGGUGGAGAGACUUCAAUCGUUUCUGCAACGGGUUCUUAUAUCGUCUCAUGGCCUAUGGAGAAAGUUAAGAAAGGUCGAACGGAUGUGUACACUCUACGCAAAUUGGGCGAUACCGUUGUCGAAGAUAAUUUCGCAUUUGGAUCUUCUAACAAUAUCAUCGUUGCCAUGCCGCAAGAUUUGCAAAUGCACCGAAAAGCGCAACUCAAGAAACCAACACGAACAAGUUUGAUGGAGAUGCCCAGAUAUUCAAGAUCUUCCGUUGUUGAUGAGCGCUACUGAUUAUAUCCUCGAUACCGAUUCCCCUUUCCGUCUCCUUUUCGAUGUGGUCUUUGGUCUCAUUCUUUCCCUUCUUUUUCUCUACCGAUAUUUUCAGUGUUCUACUCUGCUUUAUUUCUGUCAUAUUAUUCUUUCGAUUUGUACUGUACCGAUUGUACUGCUUUGCCGUCCUACGAGAUCGGCACAUACCUGCAAAUGAUAUCAUUUCCGAGGCUGUUUCCGAUCCGUAUCACUUCACUAGGUAUUCUUCACUGGUCGAUUGAUUGAUUGAUCGUCAAAUGUACAGUGUUGCACUACUAU